AAAGCGUAUGCUGUUCUCUUAACCCUGUAUGGUAUCAUGUAUAUUUAAAUAUACAAAUAUCAAACAAUUUGUCCUUUGCGUCUUAUGACCCGCAAGUCGAAGCUACACAGUGUAUAUCUGAAUAUACACGUGUGAUCGAUCGUUUUCGGUAGAUUUCGUUGGUAAAUCACCCACUUCGGGCAGUUAUUUCAGUCUGUACGGAAAGUGUCGUGCUGUUUGGACGCCGCCGGUAAACACGUGAUAUCAAAUAACAUUAUUAGUGUGUUUUGUUGGCAGAAUUGAGCGUACAUUUUUUUUGAAUACUUAUUGAGGCCACUGACGUCACUGUAUAUUUGAAUGUACAUUGUUCAAUUCUGGUUUCGACUUUACAGAAAUUAUGGAUCCAAAAAUAUUUUAUGGAAAAAAGGAGGAUGUUACAGUAUUAGUACCGGACUUGGAUAGUGAGGAGGAUUUCGAUAGUGAUGAUAGCUUAUUAGACGAAACAUAUAAACCCACUUUGCUAGAUUAUGAUGGAGAGGAUUUAUUGGAGAGCAGUAGUGGAGAGGAAAGUAAUGCUGACAACCAAGGAAACAACAAUGAGGAAAGGAAUAAUCUAGGUAGCUGGAAUGAAGAUGACGAGAUCCCUCUCAGACAACUUCGAGAUAAGAUUCUCCGUGUGUCUGCUGUUUCUGUUCAAGGUGGGGUCAAAAACAUGAAAAUCAAGAAGGCUCCCUUGAAAUGGCAAAGCUCUAAUAAGGAGCCCAGUGAUUUGCCAACUUGGAAAGCUCAACUACCCUCUCAGACAUCUGUAGAGACACCAUUGCAUUAUUUUUACAAAUUAGUCGAUAAGGAGUUGUUGGAAUACAUAGUAGAACAAACGAACCUAUAUGCGGCACAGAAGGACAUAGGUCUAAAUUUCUGCAUGGAUUCCAAAGAGCUAGAGCAAUUUAUUGGCGUUUGUUUCUAUAUGUCACUGAUUACAGUGCCUGGGACCAGAAGAUACUGGAGCAGUGCCUGCAGAGUGUCUCAAGUGGCAGACGUAAUGCCUCUUCGGAGGUGGGAACAAAUAAAAAAGUUUCUGCAUUUUGCAGAUAAUUCUACAUUGCCAGUUGAACCACCAGAUCGUCUUUUCAAAAUCAGGAAGCUCGUGGAGAGUAUAAGGAAAAAUUUGAGACUAAUUCCCAUGGAACAGCACCUUUCUGUCGAUGAGCAGAUAAUACCGUUCAAAGGCCGUAGCUCCCUGAAACAGUACAAUCCGAAAAAACCAAAAAAAUGGGGUUACAAAAUAUUUUGUUUGGCAGGUGCUAGUGGUAUUGUCUACGACUUUGAAUUUUACUGUGGGGCCACGAAUCAACCGGAAAAUCUACCGGAUAUAAGUGCUAGUAGCAAUAUAGUGAUUCGACUGGCUGAAAACAUUCCAAAACACCAGAAUUUUCUGCUGUUCUUUGAUAACUGGUUUUGUAGCCCCGAGCUUCAAAUCGAAUUAGCUCGGAAUGGUAUUUACAGUGUGGGAACUAUACGGGAGAAUCGAGUGCCAUCCAGUGGUUUGCCAACCGACAAAUCACUGAAAAAACAGGGCAGGGGGAGCUUCGAGGAAAGAAUUACAAGCUGUGGAAGCACUAAACUAAAGAUAGUGAAAUGGCAGGACAAUAAAGUGGUGACUUUGCUAAGUACAUUCAUAGGCGGCUAUCCUGUGACUACUAUAAAAAGAUUUGACCGCAAAAACCGACAAGAUGUAAACAUCCAAUGUCCCAGUAUUAUACUCAUAUACAAUAAAUUCAUGGGGGGUGUCGAUUUGAUAGACUCUCUUCUGGCAUUGUACAGAACGAAAAUAAGAUCAAGAAAAUAUUACUUGCGUAUUUUCUUUCAUUUGAUGGAUAUGUGUGUAGUUAUCUCUUGGCUUUUAUAUAGGCGCGCUUCCGACGACUGUGGCGUAUCUAAAAAACACCAAAUGUCGCUUUAUGAUUUCAAAAGUGAUUUAGCACAAAGUUUAUGUUGGGUGGGAAAACAAAACAAAAGAGGUCGCCCUUCAUCAAGUUCUCAGUUACCACCCGUAAAGAAACAAAAGAUAUCUAGUGUUCGACCAAAUAUAGAUUGUAGAACAGAUGGAAUGUCUCACUGGCCCACAUAUGAACAAAAAACUGGAAGAUGUAAGAAUGGACGUUGCCAAAAGAUUACCAAAGUAAUGUGUACCAAAUGCAAGUGUUAUUUAUGUUUUGUGCCGGAUAGAAACUGCUUUACUCAUUUUCAUACAUGAAAUUAUUUUGAAAAUGUAUUUGUUACUUCAUUUGUGGUUAUUCAAGCUUUUGUAGCUCUUUUAGUUUCAGUUUUUUAUUGACGGAAUGGUGUAAUGUAUAUUUCAAUAUACAUAUGUUUAGUUCAAAAAUAGUUUGUUUUGAAGAUAAAAUAUCCAAAUAAAGUUUAUUCUUAUGCUCAUAAACAAAUCAUAUUUCGACCAAAACAAUUUUUUUAACCAGUCCAACUAGGUGUGUACAAUAGAGGGUUAAUCUUAGUCAAGGUUGAGGUAAAAUCUAUAUACGAUAUCAACACUCUAUAUUUUAUGACAGA